AGCCCCAUCCUCCCCGACCCCGAGCGCGAACGCCGCCGCCUCGCCCGCAAGAAGGAGAACCGCGCCACCCUCGUCCUGGGCCUCAUCGUCGGCGCCUUCAUCCUCUGCUGGCUCCCGUUCUUCGCCAUGUACGUGCUCGACGUCCUCUGUCCCUCCGUGUGCACGGCGGGCGAGGGGAUCUUCGCCAUCGCCUUCUGGCUCGGGUACUGCAACUCCGCCUUCAAUCCCAUCAUCUACACCAUCUUCAACAAGGACUUCCGGAACGCGUUUCACAAGAUCCUCUGCAAGUGA